GUUCCGGGCCUGGCCCAAUGUCAUCGCCGGGUCUCCGAUGUCCCAACCCCAGCCGCAAGAACAACAGGGAAUCGGCGGGGGCGGCGGCGCGAUGGUGUGCGCUAAGUGCGAGAAGAAGCUGGGGAAGGUGAUCGUGCCGGACAAGUGGAAGGAGGGCGCCAGCAACACCAACGAGAGCGGCGGCCGCAAGAUCAACGAGAACAAGCUCCUCUCCAAGAAGAACAGGUGGACUCCUUAUGGAAACACCAAAUGUAUAAUCUGCAAGCAACAGGUGCACCAGGAUGCAAAAUAUUGCCACACCUGUGCUUAUUCAAAAGGAGUGUGUGCAAUGUGCGGGAAGCAAGUGCUAGACACGAAGCUCUACAAGCAAAGCAACGUGUGAUCUCAUCUGUACUCUAAUAACUCGUCAGAUCUUGUACUCGCAAUCUAGCCGUGGAAAAAAUAGAUAUGUAUGUGAAGGGAAUAAAAUAUGUACCUGGCUAACAAUUCUGGAACAUGAAACGUCUCUAAAAUUAAAGCUCCAAGUGAGCUUGUGUCUGACAUAACUGGGAAUUCGUUGUUACUUUCUUCAGCAAAUGUCUGACGUACGGGGAUGUUGCUGACUGUUCUUGCGAUUGAAUGCAGUGUGUUCUGUAGUCC